AUGGUUAAACUUUACAACGAAUAUCCUUCGUAUGCUGAUAAAGCAAAAAGAUUGUUCGAAGAAAUUAAAGAAAACAUCUAUAAAGGAAACGUUGGUCUCGUUGGAAAACAGGAUACGGAUUAUAGAUGUUGUUGCAAACAUGAGCCAGGUAAAGAUGUCUCGAGUCAAGCAUGUGGUGAAUUUGCGGGUUGUGUCAACCGUGAGCUCUUCAUGGAAUGUCGCGACGGUGAUUGUACUACUGGCAAACAUUGCCAGAACAGUAGAUUCCAACGGGCUGAAAACGCUAAUGUUGACGUGAUACAUUUUGCGUUAAAGGGAUAUGGUUUAAGAGCAAUGGAUCCAAUGCGACCUAAUCAAUUUAUUAUGGAAUACGUCGGAGAAGUGAUCAAGAACAAUACGUUCUUAAAACGCAUGGUCACCUAUAACAAGCAAGGACUAAAGCACUUUUACUUUAUGUCUUUGCAGGCUGGGGAGAUCAUCGAUGCAACAAAAUUCGGAUGUAUUGCCAGAUUUAUGAAUCAUUCUUGCAAUCCUAACUGUUACAUCCAGAAAUGGAUGAUUGGUGAUCGGUACCGUAUCGGUAUCUUUGCAUUACGAAACAUCAGGGAAGGUGAGGAGCUAACCUUUGAUUAUAACGCUGAUCGUUACGGGCAAGCUCAAAAGUGUCACUGUGGAGAACAAAAUUGCCGCGGUGUCAUUGGUGGUACAAAAGAAACUAACCUCGACAUCAAAGACGAGGCUGAAAUUGAAGCUGAAUUGAAAGAACCUAUCCCAGAUAUAGAUGGGGUUAAACAAUUUAUUAAUUUGAUGUAUAAAUCUCUUGAACAACCAAGCAUGGUGCGGCCAAUAUUGUUCAGGCUGAAAUUAACCAAUGACGUCGCCAUUCUAAGAAUGUUUAUGAAGCUUUUUGGUGGUAUAAUGCUUAAAUCUUAUCUCUAUGAAUUCAGAAAUGAUGAUGAAAUUGUCUUUAAAACAUUAAACGUUGCGGAUAAGAUACCCUUCAAGUAUAAAGACAGACGCGUCGAAACUUCACAUCUAAAAGAAUGGGUUACAAAAUUCGAAAGUCGUAAUGAUCGAAUUGGUGCAAAAGCGAGAGAGUUAAUCGACAAAUGGGACAAACUUCCCUCGUGCGGUCCCGAAUUGAAUGAAUUGCAAAAACAAGACAUAAAUCAUACCUUGGAUUUGGCUGAUGAUGAUGAAGUUCAGAUUGAAACGCCUUCCAGAGCUAAUAAAGGCAAAAGCAAAGAUUCUGAACGUGACGUCAAGUUCAAUAAUCCCGAUGUUAAAAUAAGGACAAUCGAACGUAGCAAUUUAAAUCAUUCAAGCUACACAAGUUUUCCAGGCAGUGCGUGCGAUAAAGCAAAAACCCCUCAAGAACUCAAUCCUAAUCGUUACGAGUCGAGUCACGACUUCUACAACCGCCACAUGGAAAGCAAUUCACCGUUCCAAUCUUUCUCUCAAUUUGAAUAUUGGUGCAAAACACUGGAUUGUAAAGUCCCCGCCCACGAUUAUUAUGAUGGUAUUGUGAAGAUGAGACCUGAUAAUCCAUAUGGUUGCACAUACGCUCCACUUAAUAAUAAUUACAAUAGGCGUGGUGGAAAACGUUUAAGGCCAACGCCUGCAGAAUCACAAAAUGAACAAUCACAAAAGCAACAGCAGCAACCAUCGCAAGAACAAUUGGAACCACUUGCUCCAAAUUGGUAUGAAACAAAGGAUGAAUAUGGACAAGUAUACUAUUAUAAUAAAUAUACUCUGCAAACUUCUUGGGAACGACCAGUUGUGAAAGAUGAUGUCAAAAGUUAUGAUGGAUUCAGCCAAGCAGCUUUACAGGCAAUAAUCGAACGUGCAGAAGCGAUGGCUCGAGAGGCCGAAAAACAAAGGGAAAGAGCUGCACGGGAGAAAGCAGAAGCUGAAGAAAGAGCAGCUCUGGAAGCCGCACAUGGAGUUCCAUUGAAUACACAAAUGAACGAAAAGGAAUUCAAAAUGGCAAUAUAUAAACUAGUGAUUAAUUACUGUAGUCGAUUCAAGCAUCACUUCAAUGAAGUGGAUUUCAAGGGUUUUAGCCGAGAAAUCGGCAAAUCAAUCCAAAAGAAAGAACUUCGACGUGAAAAAUGGACAGCUUCAAAGACCUAUAUGGUGACGGAGAGCAUGAGAACGCAUAUAAAGGAGGGCGUCAUCGUUUAUAUGCAGAAAGCCGUAUCUCUUACAGAGAAGAGGGCCGAGGAGAAAAAAAGGAAGCGCGAGGAGGAUGACGAAGGGCACCCGGCUCCAAAAAGCCCAAAGGCAUAG